AAAACUUCUCUUUCUUGAAUAUAAAUACUUCUCCUUCCGCGCCAAACACAAAAAUCAAAACAAAUCCACAGACUCGAAGAAGAAAUUGAAAAUGGUACUUGUUUGCUUCGUGCUAGAUCUCUGCAACCUCUCGCCUCCAUUGCUCAAAAACCUAAAACAAUCCUUGCUACACCUCGCAAAUUUCUACGCCGUAUCGUCUCCUUCACGCCGCCAAUCGCACUCUCUCAUUGACAAAAUCGGCUUGUGUUAUCUCUUAAAACACCGCACUUCUCUCUCUCACGAGCUAAAGAUCGGUUAUAGUCCUAGAGGAAAUUUCAAUCUCCGUGACUUCCAUCACGCCGUUAAUAAUGUGCCUACCGAUUCCUUUUUGCCUGAAAUUAACGAUUCUGGAAGUCUCCGUUCAUUCGAUGUAAAGCUUUCAAGUAUUUUGAGCGAUCAAGUACUGUACUCAUGGGGAGGUAAAGAUAUUAUGAGGAAAGUGAUUGUUUUGAGCUCGUGCGUGCCUGAUAAUAUCGACACUGAGUUGAAAUUGACUCUCAUGGAUGCAGCGGAUAAGUGUGUUUCGGUGGAGUUUGUGUUGUUUGAGCAAAGUUCGAGUCAUCUUGGAAAUUUUCAGGAGAAUAUUAAUUCUUUCAUGAGAAGUAUAUCAGAUCUUGAUAAUUUCUCAUUCGGAACUUAUCUCGCAGAUAGUAGAGUUUUUCAUAGCUUGGUAAAACGAUGGCUACAGGAGUUAAAGGAUGACAUGGAAGAACCAUUGCAAGCUCGUUUUAUCUUUAAAAGCAACCUCACAGGCUCUUUGAAUCAGAUAUUCUGCAGCUUGUCAACAUCUGUUUGUCAAAUUAUUGAUGGAUUCAGUGCUUGCGAGACAUGCAGGUGUCAUGGCUCUGUGUUAGAUAACAGAAUAAAAGACAAAAAUGUCGGAGCUUCUUGUCCAAUCACAGGGCGUGAUCUAGAAAUUUCCGAUGUCAUUGAAAAUUCUGUGCAAGUUGGAGACAAAACAGUUCUGUUCAUGCCCUCUUUUCAGAGCUCUAUGAAGCUGAAGCAAGUUUCUUCACCCAUAGACUUCAACAUUAUUGAGAGGGCUAACCUGAGCUCCUUAAGUGAAGGUCUUAUAAUUGGAUCUUCAUAUUUUGUAACUCCAUCAGCUUGUUAUGAGAUAGAAACUUCAGAUGAAAUGGACCGACCAGAGUUGAAUGCUCAAAUUUUUCAAGGGAUUUGCAGUGUUCUGCAUUCAAUGGAUCAGGGCCUGUUAUGCUCUUCGUGUUGUAAUGUAGAAACCAUGAGAGAAGCAGCCUUCCACUGCUACUAUCUUCUUCAGCCUUCAGACAAUGGGCCAAUGCUUCUCAGGCGGCUUGCAGGAUCAGAGGAAGUUUUGCCUGUGCCUGAUGCCAAUCGAUUCCUUGAUUCUCCUGUAAAUAAGGAGAUUCAGAAUUCCAUUCAAGCCUCUCUAAUGAAGAUGGAACUAAGAGACUACAAUCCAGUAAUACACGAGAGAGGAUUCCAUCAAAAGCUCAACUUGCUUGUGAAAGAGAGCCUACAAUUUGGGCCACUUCCUCCUAAACUGGAUGAGACAACAUCCGAACUAAACUCAAACGAACCAGAUUCUUCAGAAGUCAUUGUCCUAGAUGCUAUAGACUUGGAGGAUGAAACGCCACUGCUGGAUCUGACAAAUAGAGAUGACAAAACCACUGCUUCUAUUGCAGAGGAAUGGGAGCAGCUGGUUGUCAAGGAAGUUCCCAAGACAUUUUCUCCCACUUGUGUUUCCAAACCUAAGAUGGACCAGUCCGUUCUGUCCUCACCAGACAGCAACAGGCAGCUGGAUGCAAAAACUUCUAGGAUACUAGAGAGGCUGGAGUUGCCGAGACAGUUAAAAUCUAAGACAGUUUCUCCCACUAUCAUAAGCAGUCAAACACCUGUGCGAACAAAAAAGCCUCUGAUCCCAUUCCAGCCCACCAAUGCAAUAAACCAAAGCCCGACUUCAAGCCAGUUACUGAAGCCCAACUUCCAGAGGCUCAAAAGGAAACAUAAAUGAAAACAAGGCUGUUUCUACUGUGGGGGAGCAUGGUAAUUCUUGUGGAAGAGGUUCAUGAGGUUGGUUUUCUGACACCCUUCAUCUAUAAAGUAUAAACUUACUAUAGUUGACCACGCAUGAGACAGCGCACACAUGAUAUUCUGUUGUUAUGAAGGCUCAAAACAAGGACCAACUCAAUGUUCUAAAAUACCCCCAGGCUCCAUUUCGCAAUAUCUUACAACACACUGCCUGUAUUUUAUUGCUUGUUGUACUCUU